AUGGACACGGUUUCUGCUCUGUCAUUCGGCAUCGCACCUUUGAUUCACUAUGACACUACUCUUGGUCCAAACGACCACAGGCCACGCAAAGACUUAUUCUUGGAGCCUGCAUUUGCUUGCCCCAUUGUCGUUCUGAUAGCGCUUGCUCGGGUCAAUGCGCACAGGGCGUCACGGCUCAUGAAUCAAGAUGCCACAAGUGCGCAUGGACUCGAAGAGUGCGAAGCAGCCGUUCGAAAAUGGAAAGCGCCGGUCGACUACAACGACCAGCCGUCAAGAUUGUCACUCGCCUGGCAGUCCAGGAGGCUUGGAGGCAAGCAGCCUUGA